AUGCAACAACAACGUCGACGUCCACCUAUGACACUUUCACCUGUAGCUUUAAAUAAUAAUUUGAAUAGGCCUAUACGUCAAACAAAUCGAAGUAUGCCAGCGACAACGAGUCCAUGUUUUGGUUGUUCUCAACCAAUGUACAAUCAAUAUAUAUCUAAUGUUCUUGAUCAUUUAUGGCAUCCGGAAUGUGUUCGAUGUUUUGUAUGUCGAUGUUUACUUAAUGAACAAUGUUAUUCACGUGAAGGAAAACUUUAUUGUAAAGAUGAUUUUAUUAAAAAAUAUAUUCAUCGUUGUUUUGCAUGUCAAAAUCUUGUUAAAUCUGAUGAAUUAAUUCGUCGUAUACGUGCUGGUCGAAUAUAUCAUGUUGAAUGUUUUGCUUGUACAAAAUGUAAACGUACAUUACAAGAUGAUGAUAUAUCAUCAUUACUUAAAUCUGGUGAUGGAUCAUUAAAUGAUCUUGAUUGUUUAUGUCAAAUAUGUUCUAAUCCAGAUAAAUCAUCGAAUGAAAAAAUUUCAUUAUCAAAUAUAGAUGAAAAUAAAAUAAAUAAUAAUGAACAUUCAAAUACAAUCAAUGGAAAAAUAUCACCUUCACUUGAUACACAAGAACAAAAAUCAUCGACAAUAAAUAAUGAUAUUUCAACAGAUAAUCAAUCAACUAUUGAAAAUCAUGUUAAUGAACAACAAACAAUGGAAGUUGAUGAACCUUCUUCAACAACUAAACCAUUGAUAUCACCUGUAAAAGAACAAUCACCAUUACCAAGUCCAUCAAUUCCUAUUCCAUCAAAAGCAAAUAGUCGACAAUCAAAAAUUCGUCAAAGUACAAGUAGUAAUGGUAGUAAACGUUCACCAGCUAAAGCUAAAACAACAACAACACCAGUGUCUCGUCAAAAACAGACUAAUGUAAAUGAAAGAAAAGGUCGUUCACCAGCAACAAGAUCAAAAUCAUCAGCUGGAACAUCUACAACUACUGCUUCGGCAUCAUCAACUGUUCAACGACGAUCAAGUAAUCGUCGUACUACAAAAACGACACGUUAUCGUAAACGAAGUUUUUCAAGUGGAAGUGAUGAAGAUGAAACCGAAGACGAAGAAGAUGAUGAUCACGAUGAUGUUGAUUUUGCUGAAGAGAAUAAUAUGCAUGAUGAUGAACAAGAAAAUGCUCGUUCACCUGUUGUUAAAACUAAACCAUCAAACAAUGGCGAUGAUAAAAAACCUGAACCAGAACCUAAACCAACAGCCGUUCCACAACCACUACCACCAUUGCCUCCACCGCCAACAACAACAACAAAUCCAUCACUUAUAUCACAAGCUAAAAUGUCUGAACCAUUAUCAUUACUUAGUGGUCUUGCAGCAAAUCCAAUGUCAAUAUCUUCAAUAAUGAAACCUGAUUUAACACCUAGUUUUAUGCCUCCAAAUUUCAAUCCAGCAUUUCCAACACCUCCACAAUUUCUACCACCUGGUUUUCCUUUACAAUCAAGACUUCCAAUGCCACCACCACUACCAACAUCCUUAACUAAUACACAAAUUCAAUCUUCUUCUGUAACUGAUUCAAAUCGUUCAUCAAAUUCAGCUAAUACUUCCGAUUCCGAUUCACUUGAUCGUUCAUCAAGUCCAUUACAAAUGGAUAUAUCAACAAAUGUUGAGCCAGGUACACCAGCACGUCCUAUAACACCACCGAAAAAUUUACGUCCAACAACAACGACUACUCACAAACCAUCAGCUCUUUCUUCAUUACUUGAAUUUGGUACAUUACCACCAUCAAAUCUUGGUGAUAUACGUUCAAGUAAUAGUUCAACAACAAAUCCAUUUCCAUUUCCAUUUGUUACACCUGGUCCUGGUGUACCAUUUUCACCACAAGCAGCAGCAGGUAUGGCUACAUUCUAUCGUCCACCAUUUGGUGUACCAUCAACAAAUCUACCACUUGAUAUGACUCAAACAAAUUCAAAUACAUCUAAGAAAAAAUCUGAUACAAUAGAUAAUAAUGAAAUUAUAUCACAAAAUUUACUUGAUGAUUCAUCAGCAUCAUCAUCAUCACCGAAAAAGAAAGUAAAGAAAACCGUUUCACGUAAAAAAACUAAAACAAAUGGAACAGAUGGUGAAAAUGGUAUUGAUGAAGAUAAUAUAUCAUCAACACCACCACCACCACCACCAUCAUCAUCACAAUCAAAUAAAAAAAAGAAAAAAAGAAAAUCUGAUAUAACAGAUAAUAUUAAUACAAAUGAUAAUAGUGAAAUGAAAAUUCAAAAUGGUACUGCAAAUAAUCAUUCACAUAAUCUUCUUGCUCAAAUGGGUCUUAUUAAUGCUUCGUUUAUGUCACCACCACCACUUCCACCAACAUCAUCAAACGGUAAAACAUCAACAACGAAUUCGCAACAAGCUCAAUUAGCCGCGAUGUAUUCGAUGGCACCACAUUUUGCUGCUUAUAAUGCUUUUCAAGGUGCUUUUAAUCCAGCUUUUGCUGCAGCUGCUUAUGCUAGUGGAUAUCCAACACCAUAUGGAUUUCAUCCAGCAUUUGCUGCUCCAUCUCCUGGUCAACCAUUUCAAUUUAUGCCACCAACACCUUCAAAUGUACCAUCGAUAAACAAUACAUCAACAAAUGAUGAUAAAUCAUCAUCUAUUGUUGUACCUGAAACACGACCAUCUAAAUCACGAAAGAAAAGUACUACUAAUGGCGAAAAGAAAAAACCAACAACUCCUCGAUCAAAUAAGAAAAAACCAAUAGAACAACCUACACCUACAGAACUUCCUAUAUCAACAGAAAAUGAAUCAAUAACAACAAUGUCAUCAACAGAUAUAACUUCACAAAUACCUACAACACCUGAAUCAAAUUUUACACCAAAUAAACGACGAAUAAGUGGUACAGAAAGUGAAGAUUUUGAUGAACAACAACAAUUACAAACAACAAAUGGUAAAUCAGGUAAUGAAUCAGAUGGUUCAAUUGAUGAUGGUGAUCGAUCAUUAAAUACUCUUCCAUCUAUAUCUUCUUUAACAGCACCUGAAAAAAAAGGUGCUCGUACAACAAUUAAACCACAACAAUUAGAAGUUUUAUGUAAAGCAUUUGAAUCAUGUUCGAAACCAAAUAAAACUCAACGUGAACAAUUAGUUGCUGAAACAGGUCUUACUCUACGUGUUAUACAAGUUUGGUUUCAAAAUAAACGAUCAAAAGAACGUAAAGGAAAACCAUCAAAAGAAAAAGAUACACCAUUAGAUGAUGAUGAACUUGCUGAUGAUUCUCAAUCAUCACCUCCACCAACAACAUCUGAAUCAACUUCUAUUACUAAUGCUGAAAUCUAA